AUGUCGUACACCGAGGAGCAAAUCGACCGGUAUCUCCACCAUAUCAACUACCCGCGGGAGAAACAUGCGUCAGAUCGGUUGCAGCUCCUAAAGGAUCUUCAGGCUCAUCAACUUGCCCGAGUUCCUUUCGAGAGCUUGACCUUGCACUACUCAAAGCACCGCCUUAUUUCCAUUGAUCUGGAGGACCUCUUCGACAAGGUCGUAGUGCAGGGAAAAGGCGGCUAUUGCAUGGAGCUCAAUGCCUUAUUCGGUGCCGUCCUCAAGGGGCUUGGGUUCACAGUCGUCAGCGUUGGUGCAAAGAUCAAAGGCGACGAGAGGUUCGGCGGAUGGUCUCAUAUGCUCAAUCUCGUCACCAUUGAUAGCCAGCGCUACGUAGUUGACGUUGGUUUCGGUAAAGGGGCAACCAUGAUCCCCGUACCCUUGAACAAGGAGACCGGCCACGAGUUCACCACCAUCGCUCCUCUGCGAGGUAAACUCGUCUACCAAAAGCUAGACCAGAACACGGAUUCGAGUCAGCGCAUGUGGGUAUACUCGUCAACCGACACCGCCGACGGCCCCUUCCGAGAGCGCAACUGCUUCACGGAGCAAGAGUUCUUCCCUGAGGACUUUGAAGUCAUGAACUACGCCGUCAUGAUGAGACCAACUAGCUACUUUGUCAAGACGGUCCUGUGCAUGCGAACGAUUCUGAAUACUGAGACAAAGGAGGCAGAGGGUACCAUUGUGCUUCAUAAGGACGAGGUCAAGCGUAAGAUUGGCGAUAAAGUAGAGCUCCUGGAGACGUUGAAUAGCGAGGCGGAACGCGUGCGGGCUAUCGAGAAGUACUUCUACAUCUCACUUACGCCCGCAGAACAGAAAGCCAUCAAGGGAAUGCCUCAGGAGUUGUUGGAGAAGAAGUAG